UGGACUGCUGAAUUGGGAUUUAUUGCAGACUCAACUGUACGGAGCUGCUCGUUGCUUCAUCUAUUACUAGUUAUUUAAAUUGGACUUUUAAUAUCCUGCCAGCUGCUGUCCACACACACAUGGUGCAUUGUUGCCAUUCUCAGAAUUGCAUCUUUGAAACCCAGGCCCUCAGUAACCUUCAUCGAAGAAAGAGGCGACCUCCUGCGUACAUUUGUAGAGGGAGUUUUUGGCCCUGCUGCCCUCUGGCUUUCUGGCUGGUGCUGUAUUUCUGAGACACUAUGGAGCCCACUAUGGAGUACUGCUUAGCGCAGGUGCUGCAGAAGGAUGUUGGAAAAAGACUUCAGGUUGGCCAGGAAUUGAUAGAUUAUUUCUCAGAUAAACAGAAGUCAGCUGAUCUUGAACAUGAUCAGACUAUGCUGGAUAAAAUGGUUGAUGGACUGGCCACUUCUUGGGUAAAUUCCAGCAAUUAUAAGGUGGUUCUCCUGGGGAUUGACAUCAUCUCCGCACUUGUGUCCCGCUUGCAAGAUCGCUUCAAGGCCCAGAUUGGCACAGGUGAGGGGUCUCUGCCAAGUUUACUUGAUAGGCUGGGAGAUUCUAAGGACUCAGUGAGGGAGCAGGAUCAGACCUUGCUGCUGAAAAUCAUGGAACAGGCUGCUAACCCUCAGUAUGUGUGGGAUAGGAUGCUAGGAGGAUUCAAACACAAGAAUUUUCGGACAAGAGAAGGGAUUUGCCUCUGCCUUAUUGCAACACUCAAUGCAUCUGGAGCUCAGAGUUUAACACUGAGUAAGAUAGUGCCACAUAUAUGUAACUUACUUGGAGAUCCAAACAGCCAGGUUCGAGAUGCAGCAAUAAACAGCCUUGUGGAAAUUUACAGACAUGUUGGUGAACGUGUAAGGGCUGAUCUCAGUAAAAAAGGAUUACCCCAGUCUCGGUUGAAUGUAAUUUUUACGAAAUUCGAUGAGGUCCAAAAAUCUGGAAACAUGGUCCAGACUUCAGUGGAUAAAAUUUUUGAUGAUGAAGACUCCGUGGAUGGGAACAGACCUUCCUCAGCCAGCUCCUCUACAUCUUCAAAGGCCCCUGCAAACUCACGCAGAGUUGGGAUGGGCACUACCCGCAGACUUGGCUCUGCAGCUCUGGGCUCCAAGUCCUCAACAGCCAAAGAGGGAGCAGGUGCUGUGGAUGAAGAAGACUUCAUUAAGGCAUUUGAAGAUGUCCCUACAGUUCAGAUUUAUUCCAGCCGGGAUCUUGAGGAAUCCAUAAACAAGAUCAGAGAGAUACUAUCAGAUGACAAACAUGACUGGGAACAGAGAGUUUCUGCGUUGAAAAAAAUCCGUUCCUUACUUUUGGCUGGAGCUGCAGAAUAUGAUAACUUCUUCCAACACUUAAGACUUUUGGAUGGAGCAUUUAAAUUAUCCGCUAAAGACCUGCGGUCUCAAGUCGUACGAGAGGCUUGCAUCACGUUGGGACAUUUGUCAUCAGUUCUGGGAAACAAGUUUGACCAUGGGGCAGAAGCCAUCAUGCCAACAAUUUUUAAUCUAAUUCCAAAUAGUGCCAAAGUCAUGGCCACUUCUGGUGUUGUAGCAGUUAGAUUAAUCAUUCGACACACGCACAUCCCUCGGUUAAUACCCAUCAUAACCAGUAAUUGUACCUCCAAGUCUGUUGCAGUUAGAAGGCGCUGCUUUGAAUUUUUAGACUUGCUGUUGCAGGAGUGGCAGACACACUCCUUAGAAAGACACAUAUCAGUGUUAGCUGAAACUAUAAAGAAGGGAAUUCAUGAUGCAGACUCUGAAGCCAGGAUAGAGGCAAGAAAGUGCUACUGGGGUUUCCACAGUCACUUCAGCCGAGAGGCAGAGCAUUUGUACCACACCUUGGAGUCUUCCUACCAGAAGGCCCUGCAGUCCCAUUUGAAGAACUCUGACAGCAUCGUGUCCUUGCCGCAGUCGGAUCGCUCCUCCUCCAGCUCCCAGGAGAGUCUCAACCGUCCACUGUCCGCCAAAAGAAGUCCUACUGGAAGUACAACAUCAAGAGCAUCUACAGUAAGUACAAAAUCUGUGUCAACACCAGGAUCUCUGCAGCGAUCCCGCAGUGACGUCGAUGUGAAUGCAGCAGCUAGUGCCAAGUCAAAAGUGACGUCUUCUGGAGCAUCCACCCCCUUCAGUUCUGCUGCAGCCUUGCCCCCAGGGUCAUACGCAUCACUAGGUCGGAUUCGCACCAGGAGACAGAGCUCUGGCAGUGCCACAAGUGUCACCUCAACGCCUGCUGAUACUCGAGGCCGCAGCCGGGCUAAAGUAGUUUCCCAGUCCCAGCGAUCCAGAUCAGCUAAUCCUGCUGGUGCUGGUAGCCGGUCUAGCUCUCCGGGUAAGCUCUUAGGAAGCUCCUAUGGUGGCCUGAGCAGUGGAGCAUCCAGAGUCCAGCCAGUGCCAUCAUCCUCAGAGAAGCGCAGCAAGAUUCCUCGGAGCCAGGGAUGCAGUCGGGAGACGAGUCCCAACAGAAUAGGCCUAGCACGGAGCAGUCGUAUCCCCCGACCCAGCAUGAGUCAGGGGUGCAGUCGUGAUACCAGCCGUGAGAGCAGUCGAGAUACAAGCCCUGCUCGGGGCUUCCCUCCACUUGACCGGUUUGGACUCGGACAGCCAGGCAGGAUGCCUGCUUCUGUGAAUGCCAUGCGAGUCCUGAGCACCAGCACAGAUCUGGAGGCUGCUGUGGCCGAUGCACUGAAAAAGCCGGUGAGAAGAAGAUACGAGCCCUAUGGGAUGUACUCUGAUGACGAUGCCAACAGCGAUGCAUCCAGCGCCUGCUCGGAGCGCUCCUAUGGCUCCAGGAACGGGGGCAUUCCACACUACCUGAGGCAAACUGAAGAUGUGGCUGAGGUCCUGAACCACUGUGCCAGCUCCAACUGGUCUGAAAGGAAAGAAGGGCUCAUAGGUCUUCAGAAUUUACUGAAAAGCCAGCGGACACUGAGCCGAGUGGAGUUAAAAAGGCUGUGUGAAAUAUUUACUCGCAUGUUUGCUGACCCUCACAGCAAGAGAGUCUUCAGCAUGUUCCUGGAAACCCUGGUUGAUUUCAUCAUCAUUCAUAAAGAUGACUUGCAGGAUUGGCUUUUUGUUCUCCUGACCCAGUUGCUAAAGAAAAUGGGAGCAGAUUUGUUGGGGUCUGUGCAGGCAAAAGUUCAAAAAGCUUUGGAUGUCACCAGGGAUUCUUUUCCAUUUGAUCAGCAGUUUAACAUUUUGAUGAGGUUUAUUGUAGAUCAGACCCAGACACCAAACCUGAAGGUCAAAGUUGCUAUCCUGAAGUAUAUUGAGUCCUUGGCAAGACAGAUGGAUCCAACAGACUUUGUGAACUCCAGUGAGACAAGACUUGCUGUAUCUAGAAUUAUAACUUGGACUACAGAACCAAAGAGCUCAGAUGUGAGAAAGGCAGCACAAAUAGUCCUGAUUUCUCUCUUUGAAUUGAACACUCCUGAGUUUACCAUGUUACUUGGUGCCUUGCCAAAAACAUUCCAGGAUGGUGCUACCAAGCUCCUGCACAACCACCUCAAGAACUCCAGUAACACCAGUGUGGGUUCCCCCAGCAAUACCCUUGGUCGGACUCCUUCCCGGCACUCCAGCAGCAGAACCAGCCCCCUAACUUCACCCACCAACUGUUCCCAUGGUGGACUGUCUCCAAGUCGGCUCUGGGGUUGGAGUGCAGAUGGGCUGUCGAAGCACCCCCCUCCCCUUUCUCAGCCUAACUCCAUCCCCACUGCUCCUUCCCACAAGACUUUCAGACGCUCUUACUCUCCCAGUAUGCUGGAUUAUGACACGGAGAACCUAAACUCUGAUGAAAUCUACAGCUCUCUUCGUGGAGUCACAGAAGCAAUUGAGAAAUUUAGUUUCCGUAGUCAAGAGGACCUAAAUGAGCCAAUCAAACGUGAUGGGAAGAAAGACUGUGACCUUGUGUCUCGAGAUGGUGGCCUUGCCCUCCCUAGUGGUGAUGUCCGUGGGAGCAGUGACAUUGUGGAAGGCGGAAGGAUGGCUCUGGAUAACAAAACCUCCCUCCUGAACACGCAGCCUCCCCGCGCCUUUUCAGGGCCCCGUGCUCGGGAGUACAACCCCUAUCCUUACGCUGACACCAUUAACACUUACGACAAGACUGCCCUGAAGGAAGCAGUGUUUGAUGAUGACAUGGAUCAGCUUCGGGAUGUACCCAUUGACCAUUCGGAUUUGGUGGCUGAUCUUCUGAAAGAGCUCUCCAACCACAACGAGCGGGUGGAGGAGCGGAAAGGAGCUCUCCUGGAAUUGCUAAAGAUCACAAGGGAAGAUAAUCUUGGAGUCUGGGAGGAGCAUUUCAAAACCAUUCUGCUCUUGCUGCUGGAAACGCUUGGAGACAAAGAUCAUUCGAUAAGAGCCCUGGCGCUGCGAGUCUUGCGGGAGAUCCUGCGGAACCAGCCGGCGAGGUUUAAGAACUAUGCGGAGUUGACUAUCAUGAAAACACUGGAAGCACAUAAGGAUUCCCACAAGGAGGUCGUCAGAGCUGCUGAAGAAGCUGCUUCCACCCUGGCGAGUUCCAUCCACCCUGAGCAGUGCAUCAAGGUGCUUUGCCCCAUCAUUCAGACUGCAGAUUAUCCAAUUAACUUAGCUGCCAUCAAAAUGCAAACGAAAGUCAUCGAGAGGAUUUCCAAGGAAUCGUUGCAUCAGCUCCUACCCGAUAUCAUUCCUGGGUUGUUACAGGGUUAUGAUAACACAGAGAGCAGUGUCCGGAAAGCCAGUGUAUUUUGCCUAGUGGCUAUUUAUUCAGUAAUUGGAGAAGAACUGAAACCUCAUCUCGCACAACUCACAGGAAGCAAGAUGAAGCUACUAAACUUGUAUAUAAAGAGGGCACAGACCACCAACAGCAACAGCAGCUCCUCUUCAGAUGUUUCAACGCACAGUUAAUGGAGAUCUGUGGACAUAUGUGUAGACUUAGAAGCAAUCAACGGUGCCUCUCAGAGACCUUUCUGCUACUCUUCACUGGCGCGCUCCAUCAGCUUAAGGAGGCCUUGCAGAUAUUUAUUGCAAUCAGUAUUUUAGUCCCUUAAAGCUUUUAUGUAGAAUCUUACUGGUAUUGAAUGUAAAGGAAGCAAGGUCUGUGUCGCAGUCUUCAUUAAAAGUGAACAUCAGAAAGCCAUACUUAAACAUAUUUGUAUAGCCUGCUGAAAUCUCAGAAAUAUGUUUAGGUUAGCAUUCUAACUCCGAGUCCAAGAUCCUGGACACAUGUAAAAGUCAAACAAAUCUUGUUGGUUUAGUUCA